AUGGCCUGGGAGCCUUAUCGCUUUUCCCAGUGUAGGAACCCUGAGAGAGGAUCAGGUGUUUUCAGGUUAACAGUGAGAAAUGUGAUGGCCCAUCUUGAUUCUGAGGUGAAGGAAGAAUGUCUGAGGGAAGACUUGAAGUUUUACUUCAUGAACCCUUGUGAAAAAUACCGAGCCAGAUGCCAAAUUCCAUGGAAACUGGGUUUGCAGAUUUUGAAGAUACUCAUGGUCACCACACAGCUUGUUCGUUUUGGCUUAAGUAACCAGUUGGUGGUUGCUUUCAAAGAAGAUAGCACUGUUGCUUUUAAACACUUGUUUAUGAAAGGCUAUUCUGGCGUAGAUGAAGAUGAUUAUUGUUGCAGUGUGUAUACGCAAGAGGACGCCUAUGAGAGCAUCUUUUUUGCCAUUAAUCAGUAUCAUCGUCUAAAGAACAUAUCCCUGGGUACCCUUGGUUAUGGAGAAACUGAAGACAAUAGAAUUGGCGUAAAAGUCUGUAAGCAGCAUUACAAGAAAGGGACCAUGCUUCCUUCUAAUGAGACACUAAACAUUGACAGCGAUGUUGAAACAGAUUGUAUUCACUUAGGCCUUCAGUUCCUCACCGAGAACCCUCAGGACUGGAAGAACUCAUCAUUCUUCAGGCUGGAAUUUUAUAGACUCUUACAAGUUGACAUCUCCUUUUACCUCAAAGGCAUUGACCUACAGACGAUUCGUUCCCGCGAGUUACCAGACUGUUACAUUUUUCAAAAUAGGAUUACCUAUGACAAUAAAGCUCACAGUGGCAAAAUCAAAAUAUAUUUUGACAGUGAUGCCAACAUCGAAGAAUGUAAAGUCUUAAACAUAUCUGGAUCUAUUCAGAAAAACACCCAGUAUGUCCUGGUGUUUGAUGCAUUUGUUAUUGUGAUUUGCUUGGCAUCUCUUAUUCUAUGCACAAGAUCCAUUGUUCUUGCUCUAAGGUUACGAAAGAGAUUUCUAAAUUUCUUCCUGGAGAAGUACAAGCGACGUGUGUGUGAUGCUGACCAAUGGGAGUUCAUCAAUGGGUGGUACAUCUUGGUGAUCAUCAGCGACCUCAUGACGAUAAUUGGAUCCAUCUUAAAAAUGGAAAUCAAAGCAAAGAAUCUCACAAAUUAUGACCUGUGCAGCAUUUUGCUUGGGACAUCUACGUUGUUUGUUUGGGUUGGAGUCAUCAGAUACCUGGGUUAUUUCCAAACAUAUAAUGUGCUCAUUUUAACGAUGCAAGCCUCACUGCCAAAGGUUCUUCGGUUCUGUGCUUGUGCUGGUAUGAUAUACCUGGGUUACACGUUCUGUGGCUGGAUUGUCUUAGGACCUUAUCAUGACAAGUUUGAAGAUCUAGACACUGUUGCUGAGUGUCUGUUUUCUCUGGUCAACGGUGAUGACAUGUUUGCAACCUUUGCUCAAAUCCAGCAGAAGAGUAUCUUGGUGUGGCUGUUCAGUCGCCUGUAUUUAUAUUCCUUCAUCAGCCUUUUUAUAUAUAUGAUUCUCAGCCUUUUUAUUGCACUUAUUACAGAUUCUUAUGACACCAUUAAGAAGUACCAGCAGAAUGGAUUUCCUGAAACAGAUCUUCAGAAAUUCCUGAAGGAAUGUAGUAGCAAAGAGGAGUAUCAGAAAGAGCCCUCAGUCUUCCUGUCCUGCUUCCGCUGUCUGAGGAGGAAAGGAAGUGAUGACCACUUAAUACUAUUUAACUAA